CUCCCCCCCGCCCAAUGGCAGCUGCCGGUCGGCGCGCCAUGCCGGCUCCCGCACCUCUCGGCCGGGCGAUCCACUAAGUCCAUGCCAUGCUCUGGCCGCUGCUGCCGGCGCUGCUGGCGGCGUUCGCGCCCUCCUUGCCCUGCUGCUGCCAAGGCUGGCCUUCCCCCUCGGGGCCAGCCGCGAAGGAGCCGCCGCCGCCGCCCAGCCUCAACUCUUCCUCCCCGCCCUUGGCAGGGGCCGGCCCUCGGGCUCCAAGCGGCAUGCCGCCGCCGGCCGUUCCCUCGCCCGGGCCGCCCCGCCUGGCGCCUCAGCAGCAGCAGCAGCAACCCCGCGAGGAGCCGGCGUGCAACAUCAGCGUGCAGCGGCAGAUGCUGAGCUCGCUGCUGGUGCGCUGGAGCCCGCUGGGCUUCCAGUGCGACCUCGUGCUCUUCUCCACCAGCAGCGGGCCGGGCGGGCGCGCCUUUUUCUCGGCCGCCUUCCACCGCGUGGGCCCGCCGCCGCUCCUCAUCGAACACGUCGGGCUGGCGGCCGGCGGCGUCCAGCAGGACCUGCGCCUCUGCGUGGGCUGCAGCUGGGCGCGGGGCAGGCGCGUGGGCCGCCUCCGCCCGGGGGCCUCCUCGGCCGCCUUCUUCGCCUCUUCGUCGUCGUCCCUGCCCGAGCCCGGGCAGCCGUGGCAGCAGGGCGAGCGGCUCCAGUUCUGCUGCCUGGAUUUCAGCCUGGAGGAGCUCAAGGGGGACCCCGGCUGGAGGAUGAACCGCAAGCCCAUCGAGUCCACUUUGGUGGCCUGCUUCAUGACUCUGGUCAUCAUCGUGUGGAGCGUGGCCGCCCUCAUCUGGCCGGUGCCCAUCAUCGCCGGCUUCUUGCCCAACGGCAUGGAGCAGCGCAGAAGCGCCGCCGCAGCCGCCGCCGCCUCCGGGAGCGCAUCUGGAGGAACAGCUGCUCUGGCCAAAUAA